CUUAAUUUGCGUGUAAAAUGGGGUGUAUAACUAGGACGAUUUAACUUACACGAAGGAUAAUUGCUUUUCAAUAUACAGAGCGCGAUGAAAGUGACCAAUGGAAUUAAAGCACGAGGGGGGACGUGUCAAAUCAAACCUGCAACAAACUCGCCAUUUUCGUUGUAACAGUCUUCAUAUCAUAGCAACACUCAAAACGCACGUGACGGAAAGUUUAGAUCUUAAUGUCGGAUAAGUCAAGAACAGUUAGAGUGAGUAAUAUCAGGCGAGUCCAAAUACAAUUCACCGCUGGUAAAAGUAAAAACCCACGUUUUCCUCGUUCUCAAAAUAACGAGUCCAUGACCUUAGAGGCUGACUUAUUAUAAAUAUUAAAAACACGCCUUUUUCUCCAGCUGAAUCUUGAUCUUGCUUUUCAAUCUGGACCCAGAAAUCAUGGGUUCCUCCGGAUUGGGGUUAUUGAUUUUGGUUCAUUUCCUGUUUUCCGCCAAACCCAUUUCAUCAGCAGGCUUAGAAUGGAGGCCGGAGGAGAUCCCCAAGAAUUUCUUGAAAUCGGCCAAGGAAGCUGAGGUGUUUGAUUGGAUGGUGGGGAUAAGGAGGAAGAUACACGAGAAUCCAGAGUUGGGGUAUGAGGAAUUUGAGACGAGUAAGCUGAUAAGGGAGAAGCUGGAUGAGUUGGGGAUUCCCUACAAGCACCCAUUUGCUGUCACUGGUGUGGUUGGGUAUGUUGGUUCCGGGAACCCUCCAUUUGUGGCUUUAAGAGCAGACAUGGAUGCUCUUUCUAUGCAGGAAUUGUUGGAGUGGGAGCACAAGAGUAAAGUUGAUGGAAAGAUGCAUGGUUGUGGACAUGAUUCACAUGUUGCAAUGCUUCUUGGUGCUGCCAAGAUUCUUCAAAAAAAUAAACACAUGAUUGAGGGAACGGUUGUUCUGGUUUUCCAACCAGCAGAGGAAGGUGGAAUUGGGGCUAAGAGGAUUCUAGAUGCUGGUGCGCUAGACAAGGUUGAGGCCAUCUUUGGUGUGCAUGUAUUUCCUAGCUAUGCUCUAGGCGAUGUGGCAGCCAGAGCGGGGGCCAUAGGUGCUGGAAGUGGUUUCUUUGAGGCAGUGAUAAGCGGGAAAGGCGGUCACGGUGCUAUUCCUCAGCAUGCAAUUGACCCAAUUCUCGCUGCUUCAAAUGUUAUUGUCAGCUUACAGCAUCUUGUCUCCCGAGAAGCUGAUCCUUUAGACCCUCAGGUAAUAUGAAUUGCUUUUUGAUCCAUUAUACUUCGAAUAAAAAAGGAAGGGGAGCCUUGACACUCUGGUUAAGGUGUUGUUGUGUGACUGAGAAGUCACGUGUUCAAGUCUUGAGAGCAGCCUUUUGUCAAAAUUUGAUUGGGGAUGGUUGCUUCUUAUAGUGGGACCCUUCUCCGGACCCUCGCCUUGCAGGCAUGUCUUUGUGCACCGGGCUUCCCUUUUUAAUACUCCAAAUAAAAACUAGUAAAUAUCCAAUGCAUCAAUUUGCUACCCUAAACAUUUGUGACGGUUCGGAAUGGUGGAAACAAAUGCUGCUUUCAGCAUUUACUGUGUAAUGUGUUAAGCCGAGACUAAAAUAAGGACCAAUGGUUACAUGUAGGCUGCAACAUAAGAGGCAACAACACCGUAUAGGCUGCUACCACUCUCAGAUUCAUGCAUUUCUGCUUUCCUAUCUCUUGAUAGUCAUGCUUCACCAUAUGAUUUUAGUCCCAACUUCUGCUGAAAUAUAGACAACAGUUAGUUCAUGCAAUUUUGGACGAGAUUUUCACUAUGGGUCAUCCGGAAACAAUCUCUCUGUGCUUUAGUACAGGGGUAGUGACGGUUGGUAAUUUUCAAGGAGGUGGCGCCUUUAAUGUGAUUCCCGAUUCUGUUACUGUUGGUGGAACCUUCCGGGGAUUCUCAAGGGAGGGAUUCGCACAUUUGAGAACACGCAUUGAGGAGGUAAUCGUACGACAAGCUGCAGUUCAUAGGUGCAAUGCGACUGUGACCUUCGACGAAGACACAAAACCAUUUAUUCCUCCCACCAUUAAUGACAAAGGGUUGCAUCUCUACUUCCACAAAGUUGCUUCUGAUAUGCUUGGGAGUUCUCAUAUCAAGGAAGCUGCACUCAUGAUGGCUAGUGAAGACUUUUCAUUCUAUCAGGAAGUGAUGCCAGGUUAUAUUUACUUGCUUGGCAUGCAGGACGAAAAUGGCGAUAAACUUCCAUCACCACACUCGCCCUAUUUUAAGGUCAAUGAAGAUGCCCUCCCUUAUGGUGCCGCCCUCCAAGCGUCAUUGGCGGUAAGAUACCUUCUUGACCACAACCCGGAGGCUCCAUCCCCAAAUGCAAACAAGCAUGAUGAAUUGUGAGGGUCACUGUGAGAGUCAGUAGAUCAUAGUCCUCAUUUCUUGGUGUAUGUGUUAGCAUCUGUUCAUGAAUUUUAAAUAAUGUAUGGCGCUUCAAUUGCUUCUUUUAUUUAUUUAUUGAGGGCUUUCUUGAUCAUUGUCUUGAUGUAAAUUAAGCCAUCUUUCAAAUCUCAAUUAAGCUUCUCGGAAGAUCAAACCUUUCGUGGUUUAGUUGCCCAAGUCACAUUUACAACGGUAGGACUUUUCCAAUCAUUUCCUCCGUGGAAAUUCACCCUUUCACCUAAGGGUGGCCCUGGGUUGGGUCGUGCUGGGCAUUUUUUUAAAUGGCUUUUCGAAUUUAUUCCUACCCCCCACUCCACCCCCAAACCCCCUAAAAUCACCCAGUCCCACCUGCUUUGCAGCCUAUUAAUUGCGAAUUUUUUUAAAAAAAGGGCCCGGACCGGUCCAGGAUCGGCCGGGCCGAUCACAUAUUUUCUAGACCCGUAGCGCGCCCUCCAAGCGUCAUUGGCGGUAAGAUACCUUCUUGAUCACAACCCGGAGGUUCCAUCCCCAAAUGCAAACAAGCAUGAUGAAUUGUAAGGGUCCCUUUGAGAGUCAGUAGAUCAUAGUCCUCAUUUCUUGGUGUAUGUGUUAGCAUCUCUUCAUGAUUUAUAAAUAGGGUACUUCUACGGUGCGUCAAAAUUAAGUAGGUACCUAGUUCAAAAGUACACAUGCCAUUUUAUUAAUAGGCCGUAUAUGUUUUAGCAUGCAUGCACGUGUUGCUGCCUUAUUUGCC